AUGAGGUUGACGGCCGACCUCAUAAAUAGGUCCCUCUCCUACAUCAAUCCCCUCCAAGAAAGAGAACUUGACCUACGAGGGCAUAAAAUUCCAGCCAUUGAGAAUUUAGGGGCAGCAUCACAGGACCAUGACUGUAUCGACUUCACAGACAACGACAUCACCAUACUCGGCAACUUCCCGCUGAACCCGAGAAUACGGACGCUCAUGUGCGCGCGGAAUCGCAUCGCCAGUGUUCAGUCGACGUUGCCGAAGUCGAUACCGGGCCUCACGACGCUGGUCCUCGCCCAGAACAACCUCGCCGAGCUGGCGGACUUGGACCCGCUCGCGACCUUCAAAUACCUUACACACCUGGUCCUCACCGAGAAUCCCGUCACAACAAAGCAGAACUACCGAUACUGGGUACUCUGGCGAUGUCGAAACGUUCGGUUCUUGGAUUACCAAAAGGUGAAAAAAGCGGAGCGAGACAAGGCGGACGAGCUCUUCGGAACGCAGGAGGAGCCUUCGGCGCUGGCGGCGAAGAUCAUGGGAGUCAAAUCCCGAACCUUCGACAUCCCGUCCGCCGACAUGAACGGGGAGCCGUCGAGCAAAGUGAACCGCGUCAAGCUGACGGAUAAGGAGAGGAAGAGGGUGGAGGAACUGAUCCGGAAUGCGAAGAGCUUGUCGGAGAUCACACGGUUGGAGAAAGAAUUGAACGAGGGGAGGAUUCCGGGAGGGGUGCAUCCCGAUGCUAUGGAGGAGUGA